AAUAUACCUGUACCAUGUCAUCACGUAUUACAAAAUUUCUCGAGAAUACUCUUCUCCGAAAAUACCAUGUGCUCCUUAAGCGUGUCGCUGCGUGAAAGCUUUGGAAAUCCAUUUCAAUUGACACUCUAUAUUACAACUGUCAAAAGAAGCAUAUAUUUAAAUUUCUCAGUAACCGGUAUAAGGUUUUAAGAACUUCAAAAAUGGAUAUGACCGAAACGGAAUUGCAUGUGACUCUGAGAAAUCUGACACUUAGGAAAAAAAGUGGUGAAUUAGAUACUCCAGAGAGGUUCAACAACCAAGAUGAAAUGUGGAGAAAUGUUAUUGAUUACGAAAUAUUAUGGAAAUGUAUAAAACAUCGUUCCCUCGAGAUCAGGCGAGAUACGAUGGAGCUUUUGGUGGUAUCGAAAAAAAGCACUCAACGCUUUACAGCGGCUGAAUAUCAAAUGAUUGAAACAUUCUUGUCAUAUAAUCUGGGUGAAAAAAUCGAGUUGGCACCAUUAAUCAAAAAGGCAAUAAAACGCACUAGAGACAGUCUAGUUGUGCUGCGGCGAGAAGUCUUGAGAACAGUUAAAGGUCAGAAUUCUGAAAAUAGUAGUAAAUGUCGGCCGAAUCAACAUGAAGAUAUUGAAAAUAUGGCGUGCCACAAUGCCACAAGAAUAGAUAUCGAAUGUUUCAUACAAGACUGCGAAUCAUUUUUAUGUUCAUUGCGCAAAAUUUGUGUAGACAAUUUAUAUCCAACAGCAAAUUACGAACGCAGACGGACAUGCCUACAAAUAUUAUGCCAUAUGCAGGACAUCCUGGAUGAAGAAAUUCUUUGUUUAGAAUGGGAUACUGUUCAAGCAAAAUCUUUGUUCAACUGUUUAUUGUUAGAUACGUAUGAAUCCAAUAAAGAAAUGGUCUACAAAAUAUUGCAGCUGGUGCCACCCAGAUUUUUGGAAUUGGAUAAUAAAGAUACUGUAGAUGAAAUCAUACGAACCGCAGUUGGACUGGGAAAUAGCAUUAGGCCAAUUGAUUCAGCUACUGCGGCAUACAUGUUCAAAAUAUGUACCGCAUCUCCAGUAAUUGUCGAGAUUGUAAAUCGGCAUAAUGAAUAUCUCAACCCUGAUUGCGCAAGCAACACUGAUGCGCACCUUUUACUGGUGAAGUUUCUUAUUUCGCACCUUGAGAAACCAUUGGAAAUUGCACGCGAUAAUAUCGUAAGGGCUGCCAAUAAACAUUCAUUGUACGGAUACCUUUACUGUCUGCGAAGCUUAAUAACUGAUAGCGAUUUACAUAGGAAAUUGCCAACUGACGAACGCUGGCGAGAGCCCAUAGCUCAACUCAUCAAUAUUUGCUUGGAUUUAAACAAUGCUGUAGGACAAAUUGUGAAUAAUUCAUCACCAGAAGGUCACUUACCAAUGGAUCUGAACCCGUUCAAUGUCCAACCUUCAUUGUUUGAUCAAGAACUAUCGGAGCAUGAGAAAGUGACCACGCCUCAAAUGGUACUACUUUGUGCUUGGCGUACUGUCAAGGAAGUCAGCUUAAUUUUUGGCUACGUCACAUUCAAAUUGCCUAUAGAUAGGAUGAACGGAGUGGUGGGUCUUUUAACAGAAAACCAGGUUGUUCUAGUCGGAGAGCACUUUGUCACUUUGUUGAGCGAAACUAAACAUAGAGGGGCAUUUGAACAAGCUCACGUCGGGUUUGGACUGUUAUGCAGACGCUUAUGGCAUUUGCCAAUAGAAUGCGCAUUGAAGCAACUUCCUAAAAUAUGGCUGCUGGACUUGUUGCUAGCAGUUACAGGUUUAUCACCCAGAGAUAGUAAACUUUGCGCAACCAGGAGAAGCGCCGGGGUACCUUUUAUGGUUCAAGCACUUCUGACCUCCGAAGAGGAGUCGCUAACAGCUGUUAUAAGACAUGGGGGUAGUCUUACAUUUCACUCGACCAUGCGGAUAUUACUCGGCUUAACCAACUUGAAAGAUGACUACAACAUAGAAGCUGAGAUGUCAUCUUUGAUCUACGAUGAUACUGUAUUUACACAAUUCAAAGAUCAAUCGUCCCCUCUCAGUCAUACUGAAAAACGUACAAGUAACACUAAUCGGGGCAAAAAAUGUUACAAACUUGCUGAGAUCAAGUCUCAUGUAAUAAAUAUACUGAGAGCUCUCUUUAGGCACUGUCAGCUAGGAGACUGUGUGAAGCCUUACAUCGCCGAUGGUGUGAUUACAGCAAUUAAAAGCUACAAUGGGAAAACAUGGGCUGAAAGAAACGCUGCAACUCUUCUGUUCAGUGCUAUGGUCGUUCGUAUUUUUGGUGUCCAAAGAACAAAGGAUCACUUGAAUUUGUCAGUUCACAACCGAAUGACUGGUAAGGUGUUCUUCGAAAAAUACCCUACAUUACUGGAAUUCAUGUACAAUGAAUUGGAGAAAUUCGUGGAACCGGGUGAUACACUUAUAAGACCAGGAGUGCAAUCUGUGCUACUCCUGCUAUCGCGACUGUACCCUGGCUGUCACGACAGUGCCGAUUCAAAUUGGAAGGUUGCAGCGUUCAUUAAUAUGGUAUCAAAGUGUGCAAAGAGUCAGGUAUACGAGACACGUGAACUCGCGGCCCGAGCCUUGGUUCCUUUAUUGACACAAACUACUGCUUUGGCCGUGUUUUCCAAGCUGCUUGAAAAAAUAUCAAUGGAAUCUCAAAAUUAUUCCAAUAUUAACAUGAUUCAUGGAUAUAUCUUGCAGGUAUUACAGAUCUCAAAGAGUGCAGAGUUCAGUAGUUUCAUAGUAUCGAGUGCACAGUUUAAAAUUUUUAUAAAAAAAUCAGUUUGGAUUUUGAAAAAAUUGGAGUGUCGAGAGCGUGGAGCAGGGGUUAGCUUUCCAUUGGCUACUACUUACUUGGAAACUCUAUUACAAAUUUAUCAAGCCAACGACCAAUGGUUCAGUGAAUGUGUUGAGGAUGAAGAUGGUGACCUGUUUUUCAGAAUCAAACUUCACUUGAUUCAUAGCAACAUUUUAAGCAACGGACCAGGUAGAGAGAUUUAUGAAAUCACUGCUGCAAAAUUUUAUACAUUGUGGUGCCCAGUACACCACGACUGUCCUGAUUCAUAUAGAUUAUCAUACAGUGAGAUAACGAAAAAUAAUUGGACAUCACUAUUAAAUCACAAUAAUAUGGACGUACAGAUCAUCUCAUGGAUAAAAUCUACAGAAUUAGUGAAGAGCGCUGUCCACACUUCGUUCAGCGAAUCACAGCUUCAAGAUGUCAUAUGUAAAGCAAAUAGAGCAGUUGAACAACUCAUCACUGAUCCAAACUUAGAAAAGGCAGUAUUCGAUUUUUUAUUUAAUUUUCUUAGCAACACCAGUAACGAUACCCUAUUCAAGGCCAAACCAUCUGCAUUUUCGAACUUACUAAAAAAGGUUAUGGUGUACUUGUCAAAAAGACUUGACAACCAAGAUUACUAUGUAACCAAUAGUUUUCUAAAGUUGUUGGGGGCAAUUUACGGAGAAGUUUCAAAACAAUUCCAGGACAUUCUAACGAUUGACGAUAAGAAAGCAAUACACAAACUUUUUUUGAAAAAUUCGUGGAUGGAUUCAUGUGACAAUGAUUGUAGACUUGCCGUCUCACAGACAAUGUACAAUCUAUAUGAGCCAGUAGUCAAAGACAAUGAUAAUUUUGUAAUGUGUUGGUGGACAAUGCUUUUAAAUCUUCUGGUGGACGAUGACAAAGUCGUGAGAUACCACGCUGCAGCCGUACUUUGCAAAGUAAACAAUGAAAGAGAAAUCAUAUGUGAUACGGGUAUGAGGCAUAAAUUUUUUGAGAGCUUUUCAAAUGUCGUUGCCAAGUUACGCCCAGAUAUAGCAAUAGUGUUAUUAUUCUCUUGGGGUGUUGCGACAUGGCGAGAGGAUGGCUACCAAAUGGAUGAUACCGAUGUGUUCAAUAAGUGUCGAAAUUACGACACAUUUGAACAACUGGAAAUAUCAACCCUUUGUUUAAUUUCGUUGAAAGAAGUUGGCAAUCAUCACUCGUUAAACACGACUCUCCCAUUGACGACCAUAAGAUGGUUAAAGAAAUUAUAUGAUUGCAAAUUUACCUUUGCAACUUUGCCGGAAUUUGUGAAAAUACAAUGCAAAUACAUUCCUACACUUGGAAACAAACUAGGAGACUAUUUGGAUCCAACUUACAGCGACAAGCUGCAGCAAGUCUUGGCAUUUAAGAAAUUCACUGAUUUUGUAACACAAGAGACCAACGAUGGAAUUUUGUUAUGAUAAACAACAAAUAUAGUUGCAAGCUGCUAUUCACGCUUGGAUGAAAGGGACAUGUACAGGUAACAUUAAAAAUUGUAACUAGUGGAAAUUAGUCAACAAAACCACCUAUGGGUAUGGGAGGUAUGAAAAAUCAUUCAGGCCAUGCCUAGACCCUUGUCAGACCACCACAGGAUUUUUAUGCUCCUAUAAAUGCACAUUGCAAGUACAGAGUAAGUUGAGGGUAUUUUUCUUAUUUUUAAAACUAUUACUCUGGGUCAUGGAAAAAUAACUCUUGGAUUAAAAGUACUCUUACUAAUUUGUAUAUUUAUGUUAUUCUAUGUUCCACGGAAAGUCCAAGUUUUUUCAUAAAAUCGAUUUAAUAAAUCAUUGUACUGAAACCAA